AUGAACCGAUACACAACCAUGAGGCAGCUGGGGGACGGCACCUAUGGGAGUGUGCUUAUGGGCAAGAGCAACGAGUCCGGGGAGCUGGUGGCCAUCAAGAGAAUGAAGAGGAAGUUCUAUUCUUGGGAUGAAUGUAUGAACUUGCGAGAAGUUAAGUCCCUGAAGAAACUUAAUCAUGCCAAUGUGAUUAAACUAAAAGAAGUUAUCAGAGAAAAUGACCAUCUUUAUUUUAUAUUUGAAUAUAUGAAAGAGAACCUCUAUCAGCUAAUGAAGAACAGAAACAAACUGUUCCCUGAGUCAGUCAUCAGAAAUAUUAUGUAUCAGAUACUGCAGGGGCUGGCCUUUAUCCACAAACAUGGCUUUUUUCACAGGGACAUGAAGCCUGAAAACUUGCUUUGUAUGGGUCCAGAGCUGGUGAAAAUUGCUGAUUUUGGACUCGCAAGAGAAUUGAGAUCCCAGCCACCGUAUACUGACUAUGUGUCUACCAGAUGGUAUCGUGCUCCUGAGGUUUUACUAAGAUCUUCGGUGUACAGCUCCCCCAUUGACGUGUGGGCCGUGGGAAGUAUAAUGGCCGAGCUAUAUACAUUUAGACCGCUUUUCCCAGGGACAAGUGAGGUUGACGAAAUAUUUAAAAUUUGCCAAGUGUUAGGGACUCCCAAGAAAAGUGAUUGGCCAGAAGGGUACCAACUUGCAUCCUCCAUGAAUUUCCGCUUUCCCCAGUGCAUUCCUAUAAACCUAAAAACUCUCAUCCCCAAUGCCAGCAGCGAGGCUAUUCAGCUCAUGACAGAAAUGUUGAGCUGGGAUCCAAAGAAAAGACCAACCGCAAGCCAGGCAUUGAAACACCCAUAUUUUCAAGUCGGUCAGGUACUGGGCCCUUCCUCACACCAUCAGGAUGCAAAACAGACUUUAAACAAGCAGCUGAAGCCACUGGAACCAAAGCCAUCUUUCUCUGAACGGGAUCCUAAGCCUUUGCCAAACAUACUUGAUCAGCCUGCCGGGCAGCCCCAAUCAAAGCAGGGCCACCAACCACUGCAGCCUAUUCAACUACCACAAAACACAGUGAUCCAGCCACCUUCAAAGCAGCAGGGUCACCAGAAACCACCACAAACGAUGUUUCCAAGUAUCAUCAAAACCAUGGCCAUGAAGUCAGUCAGCACACUGGGCCAUAAAGGAGCUCGGAGACGCUGGGGCCAGACGGUCUUCAAGUCUGGAGACAGCUGUGACGACUUUGAGGACUGCCACUUCGGAGCCUCCCAUUCCAAAAAGCCGAGCAUGAGCGCCUUCAAGGAACAGAAGAAAGAGACUUCAUUUAGGCUCCCAGAGUCAGGAACCCCAGGCUCCACCCACUCCAAGGGGGAAAAUAGGAGUUUACACCCGGCUGUUUCUCUGAAGUCCGAUACAAACUUGUCAACCGCUUCAACUGCUAAGCAGUACUAUUUAAAACAAUCAAGAUACCUCCCAGGUGUGAAUCCCAAGAACGUGUCUUUGGUAGCCGGGGGCAAGGAUAUUAACACACAGGCUUGGAAUAGUCAACUAUUUCCUAAGUCGCUGGGAUCCAUGGGGGCGGAACUUGCCUUCAAGAGGAAUAAUGCAGAAGAAAGCAUUAUUAAACCGAUUGAACACCUGUCAUGCUCUGAAAAGUCCACUGAGAAGCUAGAGGACCGGCAAGGAACCCUUGGAAGCUACACCACUUACAACCAGACAGGAUACUUGCCUUCCUUUCUCAAGAAAGAAGUGGGGUCAGCUGGCCAGAGGAUCCACUUGGCACCUCUUGGUGCGACGGCUUCGGAAUAUGCCUGGAACACAAAACCUAGCCGAGGCCCGUUUUCAGGACGAACUUACAAUCCCACAGCAAAAAAUCUCAAUAUCAUGAACCGCACACAGCCAGUCCCCUCGGUGCACGGGAGGACAGACUGGGUGGCUAAGUACGGAGGCCACCGGUAGGAGGGGUGGACACCCUGAAACAUCACUCCGCAGAGGACUGUCCAGCCCCUGAC